AUGUCGUUAGAGGGCUACAAUGCCGGCGAUUCGUUACCGUAUCAGGAUGCAACAGCAAAACGGCAGCCAUGGUUGCGAGAUUUAAUGUGUAAAUGGCGAAGUGAAGCGAAAGGUCGUAGUAAAGCGAUGCCUCACGUGAAGACUUAUACUGAUAUCGUGGAUGGCACACCGCAGUGGAUACUCGUCACUAGCGCCAACCUCUCGAAAGCUGCCUGGGGUGCACUUCAGAAAAACAAAACACAACUAAUGAUACGUUCGUAUGAGCUUGGAGUACUCAUUCUGGAUCCCGAGCGAGUAAAACUACCAUAUGAUUAUCCUGUCGCAAAAUAUGGAGUAGCCGAUAAACCAUGGAUUUGUGAUGUUUCGUACACGGAAGCAGAUAGCCAUGGAAGGCAGUGGAUUGUCUCUCGCAGAUGA